AUGUCAAAACGACAUGUCCCUGCUGUCCUCCAUGCCGAGCUCUCCGAGUACUCUGCGCUCCUGCGCGCCUUGCGGACCAGCGACACCCUCGACUUGACCUCUCAGCUAUUACGACCACCUCCGGAUCAAUCGUCUCAGCCCCCGGACGCCGACGAUGCACCUUUGAGCGAUGAUGACAGCGCGCACCCAGGACCCCCUCCCACCGAGUCGACUUCGCAACAUGUUACAGAUUUACCAUCCCCUGCACCAUCUCGUUCCCAGUCUCGCUCUCGCAGUCGGUCACGCCCUCCUUCAGCCAAAGGCAAAAGCAAGGAAAGAGACCUCUGGACACGAUGGCCUCUCCUCGCCGGCGACGUCCACGUUCCUGAAUGGGGCCUCAUCGACGAAGUCAAGCAUGCGGUCGAGCAAGUUCUGAAGUCUUCCCACUCUCCUACAACUUCACAUACCUCAUCGACCGCCCCCGCCGCUGACAUCGACGAGAACGCUUCCCCCACACUGGACGACAUACCUCUCCCGGACGACGAUUAUCCUACCUUGUCUCAGGCCGGCCUGCAAGCCCUCACCGUCGACGCAGCUGCCGUCUUGACUCGUAUUCUAGGCUUGCUGUCCGCCCACGUCCCCAUCGCAGAGAAAAGCUUGCAGAAUCGCAUUCGCCCGAUGAACUGGGAGACCGUGAUCGAUGUCGCUUCCACCAACGGUGCCGUGUCAGCGAGGCUUACUGAAGCUGUACGCGCUCGCAUGUCGAAUCUCUACGGACCUGCGACAUCCAAUGGUAUAGGUAAAGGGAGGCGAGCCUCACGGAAACGUAGCAUAUCACUGUCAGACUCGGACGACGAGGCGGCCGAGAUCCCCUCCAAGCGACAACGAAUAGAGGACGACUAG